AUGCCCAAGAUGCUGUGGAAUCUCCACUCUGAAGACAAGGCCAUUUCCUUCACCAGCUGCUGCUUACAGAUGUAUUUCUUUGUUGCCCAGGGUGGCACUGAGUGUGUCCUCCUCUUGGCCAUGGCUUAUGACCGCUAUGCUGCCAUCUGCCACCCACUACGCUAUAUCCUCCUCAUGAGGAGACGUGUUUGCGCCUUGCUUCUGGGGGCCUCAUGGGUCAUCGACCACCUGAACUCCGUCAUCAAUACUGCCAUGAUCUGCCACUUCUUCUGUGACAUCCCACCCCUGAUCCGGCUCUUCUGCUCUAAUACUUCCCUGAGGCAGCUGCUGACCUUCUGUCUCAUAAUCCUCCCCUUCUGCCUGACACUGCUCUCCUACCUCAACAUCCUCUCCUCCAUCCUGAAGAUCCAUGCCCGGGGCAAGAUCAAGGCUUUCUCUACCUGCUUCUCCCACUUGGCCAUGGUCAGCAUCUUCUAUGGCACAAUCAUCUUCAUCUACAUGCCCCCCUCAGCCAGCCACUCACCAGAGCAGGACCUGCUGGUCUCUGUGUUUUAUGGCAUUGUCACCCCCAUGCUCAACCCUUUCAUCUACAGCUUCAGGAACAAGGAGGUGCAAGGGGCACUCCAGAGAGCCCUCGGCAGGAGCAGGGAGCAGAAGGGAUGA